AUGACCACAGCUAAAAACCAUACCAGCUGUUCCCGACGAGGUGACCGGUUUGCCAAGCGGCAUCAGCAGAGCUUUGCUACCGGGAUCAGAGAUGGAGUUUUCAAGGAUACAAACCGGCGGGUUUAUGCCAAGAGGGCCGUCAGGGCAUUCUCAGGAGAAGCAAAGUCUCUAUCUGCCAGAACUAAUGGCACUUUUACGCAAGCAGCCUUUGAAUGUGACGAGAUUACCGAUAGUGCUGGGGUCUCUCCCAGUUGGCGGUUACACGAAAAGUUGAUACAGUACGCCGGCAUGCACUACGAGAUACAGUACGGCUGCGAAUACCACUCGCCAUACGCAGCCAUCGUCGGGCUCUCCGGGUCCGGCAAGUGA